AAUAAUCCGGAGCCAUGAAGCCGGGUCGCGCCGCCCCGCGCCGGGGAGCCUCCUCCAGGGCCCCGGCCGGCCUGCGGGGGCGCCCCGGGCCCGUCUCCUUCCAGACGCCGCCCGCCCAGUGAGGCCGAAGGGCCCGGCGCGGGAACAGGCGGCGGCAGCUGAACUGAAGGGCCCGAGAAUGGGAUUCAUGACUUCCAUGGACACUGAAACUGAAUCUUGAAAAUUUGCCCACUGGAUUUCUAAAAGCGUGAGUGGAGACCUGAUUCAAGAGUGUCUAUGAAUUCAUCACUGCCGCCCUCCACUUCUCCCCAGAAUUUCCACUCUGAACCGAGCAUCAUUAUUCAGAAACAGAGUAAAGAACUGCAGCUGUUAAUGGCAGAACUGAAAGAUCGUGAUAAAGAGCUCAACGAAAUGGUUGCGGUGCAUCAGAGGCAGCUGCUGGCUUGGGAGAAGGAUCGUCAAAAGACCCUGACUUUGGCGGAACGAUGUAACAGUACGGAGAAUGAGCUGCUCAAAAGGAGCGAGGUGAUAACGAAGUUGACCAACAGGCUGAAGUGCCUGGAAAGCCAGAAUAACGACUGGAAGAGGACUCUGGAGAGCACCCAGAGGGAGCUGCAGGACAUCUCCCAGACAGCGUCCGACACGUCUCUUCACUGCCGAGCUCUUGAGGAGAAGAACCAGGGUCUCAACUGUUCCAUGAUGGAACUCUCCAACAAAGUGGGGCACCUGGAAGCCAGGGAACAGGAGCUGCUGACCAUGUUAAAGUUAAAGGAUAAAGAUAUCCUUGAAGCGACCAAUAAUAUCACUGAAUUUACCUAUAAAUUCAAAAUGUUAGAAAGUGCUCUGUGGGCAGCGAGGAUGGAGGAGUCAAGCAUCAGCAAGGAAAAGCAGGAUUUUAAAGUCAGGCUGAAAGAACUGAUGUUUGAAACCAGCAAGCUGAAAGAUGACCUCAGUGAAAAAACAAAAGAGAACAAUGAACAGAGGGAGGAAAUCAUUCGGCUCAAACAAGAAAUCAGUUAUUUGAAUAACGAGCUGAUGUUUAGUGUCGAGAGAGCAAACCGAAAAGAUCACCUCCUUCAGUCUGCAAAAUCGAAGCAGCUACGGACUGACACAGAGCUCAGCAAUUUGCGGCAGAUCUACGUGAAGCAGCAGCAGGACCUGCAGUUUCUGCACUUCAGCUUGGAGAGUUCUCAGGAAACGAAGCCGAAACCCAAGAAGGAGGCCCACGAAGGAAGCAGUCACGACGUGGGCCUGACCCUUUCGGACUUGGGUUCUCCGUGUUUGACGUCGACGCAGAAGACGAGCAGGCCCAAGAGGCAGGAGAAGCUCUUCGACCCCGAUCUCUCCCCCAAGCUCGCGAGUGUGCCAGAAGUCCAGGUGGUGUACGCGUGCUGCCGUCCCGCCAUCCACUAUGAUUCCUGCUCACCCACAAGUCAGCUUCAAAGACUACUGGCAGAGUCCCGGCAGAUGUUGGCCGACCUGGAACGCAGCUACCUGCUCCCCGAGGCUCCUGGCUGCAGUCCCCGGGAGGGGAGCCCCCCUGAAAACCACCCUUUGUGAGACGCGGCCGCCCACUCCUGAAGGUCAUCGUGGUGUGGAGGUUCCACAAGACAGCCGUCUUUCAGUCGCUGUGAUCGAUCUCGGAACGCCUCGUGUGCCAGUGACCUGGGUCUAAAUGCUGAGUUCUAUUCCUCCUCCGCCUACACACCCCUACACACACACACCCCUACACACCUACACACACACACUCCUCUGGAAUUAUAGGCCAGUGAAUACAAGUGACUUUAAGGAACAUCCACCCUAAGAUCAAUUGAUAGUAUUUUUUGGAAGAUUAUGUAAAUACGUAAUUGCUCCUUUGGAGGCAUUUGAAAAACAGAAACGUGUUUUCUCU